GGGAAAUUUCCCACUAUCAAAGGAGUGCCAAAUUUUCAGCGAGUGCAGUCACCUAGUUUCUAGUACGUUUAACCUUCCAGAUGUCUGCAUCCAAGGCAUUACAAUUUAUGGAUAAAAAAGAUCUUGAGUGUGCCAUCUGCCUCAACAGGUUUAGCCAACCAAAGACACUGAAAUGCAUGCACACCUAUUGUCUACAGUGUAUCCAGAAAUGGGUGGAAACUCAUGGCAAGAUGAAAUGCCCCACAUGUGGACAAGAACAUGAUCUAACAAAAAAAGACUUACAACAACUUUCUUCUAAUAUAUUGAUUAGUGACCUUCUACGGUAUGUAGUGAAAACUGAGGAUCAAAAACCAACUAAAUGCUCUUUCUGUUACAACCAACCAACACACCACUGCUCAAUAUGUCAAAUGUAUCUAUGUGGAGGCAACUGUAUCAAACAGCACAAGGCAGUACCUUUAACUAAGGAUCAUCCACUUUACACACUAGACAUAAAGGAACAAGAUGACAGCUCAGACGAAGAAAUCGAAUACCUAGAUGACAGCAACACCACACUGGAAUUUUACUGCUCUACUUGUAACAAAUCAGCAUGCACAAAAUGUAAACAGCAACACGAAGUGAUUCCAAUUUCAACGGCUAGAGAUCAGUUUAACAAAGAUGCCAUCGAUGUUGUUAAGCAGGCGCAUGAAAUUGAAAAUAAAUUAACAGAAAAGCUACAAUCCAUUGCUAAAUAUAAAUCAGAAUUUGAUUCACAAUUCAAAUUAUGCAGAAACGACAUUGAAAAUCAUGAGGAAAAUCUGAUCAAGACGGUUCAAGAGAAAAGCAAAGAAUUAAUAUCAGACCUUGAAGAGAUAUACAAAGAAAGCGAAGAAGAGAUUCAUUGUGAAAUCAAAGAUAUUGAUUCAAAGCUGACUGAAGUAAAUAAUCUGAAGACAUCAAUCAAUACAAUGAUAAUAAAAGCAAUGAUUAACAAACCAGAACAGGAAUCUCUUGGAUCAUAUUGGACAACUGUCAACACUGUCAGAGAUGACUUCCUUGGAGACAAUUUCAAUAGUAACUUUAAUAGUAAAAGUAGUGUUAAACCAAAUUUCAUUCCAUCGGAAUACGUCAAAGAGUUGCAAAAAGGGGGCAUUGGUACCUGUCUCUUAUACACAUCUAGAUGUGUAUAA